CGUUCAUUCGCGCGUUGUUCAUUCGCUAUUUUCAGACGGAGAUGAUUUCACAUUGUAUUAAUUAACUUUCCUAGAUGAUUUCACAUCUCGUCAGGGCUACGACACAAUUUUAUCGAGGGAUUCGAAUCCGAGAUUGAACGCAACGCGAUCGUUUAUCUACGGUGCAACACGUUUACGCCUUUUGCGCUUGCACGAUAAGUCGUGAUCGAUCCGGCACGGCGGGCUAUCCUCGCCAAUUUCAAUUGCUAUACGAACAAUUCACAAGUCACGUUGAUUAAUUCCAUAAUUAGCUGACCUAUUACGAUGGAUCAAGGAUUCCCAGCACAACAUACUACUACGACGACGGUGACGACUAGCACAACUACAACACAACCAAACAUUCGAUUCGAUCCGUCUUACACAAAAACAUUACCAGGAAUGCUCAAAAUUUUACAGGUGGCCUUGAAUCUUUUAGGUUUCAUAUGCAUUACGGUAUCGAGUCAGAGCAAUAGUAGCCGUGGAGCAUGGUUCAACACUGUAGCCAUGAGUGGUUUUUGGUUUACCGGGAUACUGCUCGUUUUUUACUUGUUCCAUAUCAUUGAAAAAUUCUCGAAAAUUCCUUGGUUACAAAUUGAAUUUAUAUUUUGCGGACUUUGGACCAUUUUUUACAUGCUGGCCGCUUCUCUUGCAGCUGGUCAUGCCACAUAUAUAGAAGCUUUUGGAGCUGCAGCAUUUUUUGGAUUCUGCGCUAUGGUAGUUUACGGUUAUGAUGCUUGGCUCAAAUUCCAUGCAUCAAGAAGCGGUGCCUUGGCACAAGGACAGCACACACCGAAACAAAUAUCCACAGUGACAAGUCCUGCGUAUUAAUUUCAUCAUAAAAGUGUAGGAUUUUUAGAAGAAUCACACAAACGGACCAGUUUCAAAACAUAUCCUUGCUUUUAUAGAGGAAUUUUGCGUUUGUAAGUCUUAAGUUUGUACUUUCAUUUCAUAUGUUCUUUGUUAAAUGUGAAACGUCAACAAUACGAUAACAAGGCACAAAAGAUUAGAGUUUCAUUGAUUUUGCUAUCUUUUCUCUAUCAAAUGUAUAUUCGUGUACGGAGAUAUUGUAUAAUUUUAUGGAGAAGCACGAUAUUCGACAACUUUGUAUCUUUGUAUUAUGAGCUAAUGAUAUAUUUACUAUUAUAAUAAUAAUGCGUAUUUUUGAAUCUCUUAUAUAUACAUUAUGUAAUGACUGUACAUUGCAUCAUGAAUUUUUUUAAGUCUGUUAAUAUUUUUAAAAGAUAGCAUAUACAUAUAUAUAUAUAUAUACUUGUAUACAUAUACAGGAAAUAUAUGUUCAAUCAGUAUUGUGUUCAUACUGUAAAGAAAUUGCUGAUAUAUUUGUAUUCAUUUUGUAUUUUUAAUUUUUUACGGAUGGCAAUUUCAUCGCAUUCCUGAUUAGAGUGGCAGAUGGGCGGAUGGUUAUGUUAAUUUAUUUAUGAUUAUUCAUGAAAAGAUAAUGGCAUGACAAAUCAUGUUAUUUCCGCUAUCUUUAUUCGUUGUUAUGUGUAUUAUAUGAAAAAUCACGUGUCAGAAAAAAUUAGGGAUGAAAGAAUUACGUAUAUAAUUUAUAUCUAUACAUAUUUCCAUGAUAUACGCACGUCACAUGUAGUUUGUUACUUUUAUUCGUUGAUCUUGAUACAGGUACCUACAUUUAUAUGUACAUGAUAUAGAUACGUACUAAACACCUCCUAAUUACAAAUUUCGAACAUAAAGAAUACAUUCUGGUCAAGACGGGACUUGUAUUAUUAGAUCAAUGCAUAACGAAAUGAAUCAUUCGGUGUUACAUCAAUUUUAGUCAUCGUUAUCAGGAUACAUAAUCGCCAACUAUGGUUCUAACUUAUAAUGAUUAGUAAUUUAAGUUGUUAUUUUAUGUUACUUACAUUUUACUUAAUAAAGCUCUUUCUUUUCCAGUA